CUGAGGAGUGUGGCCGGAGGCAUGGGACCGGCCCAGCUGGAGAGGCCCGCGGGCACCUGUGCCGCGAUGGGGCUUUGGAGCUGACCACAAUGCUGAGCAGGAAGAGGCAGCUACAGGGAGUGGCGGCCCAGUGACCAGUGGCCCAGUCCUCACCUGGGUCCUCUCGCUGACACUAGUGCGGUUGCUUUGUCAUUCGGAGCCACUGAGCCAGCUUCUGACAGGACAAGGUGGAGCAGACCCCCCACAAUCAGCACAACCUGGCAGAACCUGGGGUCCCAGCACAGUCCGCCCGGCUCUCCAAUCGCCAAGAGGAUGAAGUGGACCUGGAAUCCCUGAUGAAGGGCAUGAACUCAUCCUUGGAGAGCUUACACUCAGCCUGUGGCAUGCAGUCGGACACGGUACCCCUGCUUCAGAAUGGCCAGCAUGCCCGCAGCCAGCCGCCAGCCUCGGGAGCGCGGACCCUGCAGCCGCAGGCGUCCCCACGGCAGCGGGUGCAGCGCUCACAGCCUGUGCACAUCCUUGCUGUCAGGCGCCUUCAGGAAGAAGACCAGCAGUUUAAGACCUCGUCACUGCCGGCCAUCCCCAACCCUUUCCCUGAGCUCUGUGGCCCCGGGAGCCCCCCUGUGCUCGCACCGGGCCCCUUACCUCCGAGCCAGGCCGCCGCGAAGCAGGAUGUUAAAGUCUUUAGUGAAGAUGGGACGAGCAAAGUGGUGGAGAUUCUAACAGACAUGACAGCCAGGGACCUGUGCCAGUUGCUGGUUUACAAGAGUCACUGUGUGGAUGACAACAGCUGGACACUAGUGGAGCAUCACCCGCACCUCGGAUUAGAAAGGUGCUUGGAAGACCAUGAGCUGGUGGUCCAAGUGGAAAGUAACAUGGCAACUGAAAGUAAAUUUUUAUUCAGGAAGAAUUACGCGAAAUAUGAGUUUUUUAAGAAUCCUAUGAAUUUCUUCCCAGAACAGAUGGUUACUUGGUGCCAGCAGCCAAACGGCAGUCAGACCCAACUUUUGCAGAGUUUUCUAAACUCCAGUAGCUGUCCUGAAAUUCAAGGAUUUUUGCAUGUGAAAGAGCUGGGAAGGAAAUCAUGGAAAAAGCUGUACGUGUGUUUGCGGAGAUCAGGCCUUUAUUGCUCCACAAAGGGAACUUCAAAGGAACCCAGACACUUGCAGCUGCUAGCUGACCUGGAGGAGAGCAACGUCUUCUCCCUGAUUGCUGGCAAAAAGCAGUAUGGUGCCCCCACAGAGCACGGGCUCUGCAUAAAGCCAAACAAAGUGAAGAACGAAGUGAAGGAGCUGCGCCUGCUCUGUGCGGAAGAUGAGCAGGGCCGCAGCUGCUGGAUGACGGCCUUCAGGCUCCUCAAGUAUGGAAUGCUCCUGUACCAGAACUUCCGGGUCCCUCAGCAGAAGAAAGGCCUGCUCUCGCCCUUCUCGACCCCAGUGCGCAGUGUCUCUGAGAACUCCCUUGUGGCGAUGGAUUUUUCUGGGCAAACAGGAAGAGUGAUAGAGAAUCCAGCCGAAGCCCAGAGCGCAGCCCUGGAGGAGGGCCACGCCUGGAGGAAGAGAAGCACACGGAUGAAUAUCCUAAGUAGCCAAAGUCCCCUGCACCCUUCCACCCUGAGUACAGUGAUUCACAAGACGCAGCACUGGUUUCACGGGAGGAUCUCCAGGGAGGAAUCCCACAGGAUCAUCAAACAGCAAGGGCUCGUGGACGGGCUUUUUCUCCUCCGUGACAGCCAGAGUAAUCCAAAGGCAUUUGUACUCACACUGUGUCAUCACCAGAAAAUUAAGAAUUUCCAGAUCUUACCUUGCGAAGAUGAAGGGCAGAUGUUCUUCAGCCUUGAUGACGGGAACACCAAAUUCUCCGACCUGAUCCAGCUGGUUGACUUCUACCAGCUCAACAAAGGAGUCCUGCCUUGCAAGCUCAAGCACCAUUGCAUACGCGUAGCCUUAUGACUUCCCACAUGCUCACAGCCAAAGCCCAGAGGAAGUCAACACUGGAACGAAGAAAAGGGCUGUGCGAUGGUUAAGAACACACUUCUAUUCUGCACCUUGGGACUUGGAGCGAGGUGGGUUUGUUCGGUGCCAAUCAAUCAAGAUCGACUAAUUUGUUGGACUUAACGAGAUUUGCUGCUGGGAAUCCAGCAGGAUCACCUCUCUUUGUGUUGGCCAAAUCGGGGAGGGCAUGAAAGAUCCAGUGCCGAUUUGAGAAUAAACUGGAAUGAUGGUCUUGGCUAGGCCACGCAGGAACAAGAACCGGAGAGAAGAAAUCAGAAAUGAACUCUUGCCCUGGAAUAAUCUUGACAAUUAAAACUGAUAUGUUUACUUUUUUUGUAUUGAUCUUCUUGCACUCCUUCUGUGUGUUCAAUAUUGUAUUCAGCCUAUUGUAGGAGGGAUGUGGCUUUUCAGUUUAUACAAGACGUAAAGAGUUUUGAAUGGGCAGACUCCAGACUGAACAUGGGUCCCCGAGUCUUUCCAGAGGGUGGCCGGUACCCUCUGCAGUUCGCCACAGUGUGGAUUCAGCGCUCAAAUUACAAAGCACGCCGAGUCCUUCCCAGCGUACUUGAAAAGCUUUUUUUGUUGUUUUUGGGGUUUUUUUUAAAAAUAAAAGGUGUCAAGUGCGGGAGGCGUUUGGUAUGUUUUGUGGACGCAGUCAAGCAACCAGAGUCUGUUAACCGAUUCUCUAUGCACAGAUGUCUGAUCCUGUCAUUAUUAGCGUCUUGUUCUCCACAGUGCAGGAGAUUUUAUUUCCUUGGAAAAUUCGGUGUUCCACAACAUGCAGGGCUGAAUGACCUCAUUCUGGGUUGAUACAGGCUGGCCCUCUUGAGAUGUACCCGGUGCCCAUUGUCUGCUGGCAGUGGACGCCACACAGUCCACUCGGGUAUACUGUCAGCCUUGCAUUUCCACAGCCUUCAGCCUGUUCUAGAACAAUCACUGCCUUACCCCUCUGUGGUGGCGUGAGUUGUUUCAUGGCUGGUCUCCCUCGGGGGAUUAAAGGAUCUAAAGAGAAAAUGAUACCUGGUAAGCUUUGUGCUGUGCCCUGUGUGUUUCCAUGGUGAUAGAGACAAGGAAACAUUGCAGAAGACUCAAGCACAGGCUGGCAUUUGAAGGUCUUUGCUUGACGACCUCCGUCCCGCUGAAAACCCUCAUAAGCCAGCACAUAUGAAGCAGCCCGAGGCUCCUCUGCUGGCUUAGGGUCAGAAGUACCUCACAGUGCUUGUGGACAUUGAAGAGUUUUAUCCACACGACACUUGCUUCCUGCUCCGGGAGAGGAGUCAGACCGUGGCUUAAGUUGUCACUCGGUCCCCUCUGCCCCCCAGGCCGUCCCCUUUGCCAUGUCCCCUUAACUGAAUUAUCAGAUGUGAGACUGGCCUUUUCUGUACCUUUGAUCUUUGCAAAGCAGGAAGGACUCCCUUGACAAGCGCGUGGACUGCUGUGGCGAGCAGGAUUCCCUUUUCUGAGAUGAUGCCUGCGUGGCUCCUCUGAAUCUGUGCUAGCCACUGGAUUCCCCAAACCUGACCCACUGAUUGGCUCCCUAAGGAACAGCAUCUCUGCUCUUCAGUUGAUGUGCGUAGUGUAGGGCAGACGCAUAAGGAGCUUCAGUAAGGCCUAUCAGCUAUAAUGAGUCUGCAGCAUAGAAACACUGUAUUUUAGUUUCCAGGCUAUACUCUAGUUGUUUUCCAUGAAAUGCCUACUUAUACAAAUGAAGAAUUUUCUAGUUAAACAUGUUUUAACCAUAAACGCUCAAUCGCAUUUUCUUCCUUUCGCAGCCAGUUAAUCUUUGGGACAGUUGACAAUGAGGUGACUCUCCAGUUCAUCCUGGCAGCACACUCCCACUGACCAUCAUUUUAGGGACAGAUACUUCAGUUAUACCGUGAGACCUUUUUUAUUUUUUCUCUUCACUUGUUUGAGGUGAAACCUCUAAAAGGAAGACAGUUCUAGGAUUUUUUUUUUCUGUUUACGUAGACCAGUCCCUUCCGUGUGACCCCUGCCCCACGCCUCUGCCAGUAGACAGCUAGUAUUUGCAGUAUUUCGUAUUUAUGAACAUGCGUUUUAUUUAAGGGGAGAACAGAAGCUUGACUCUGAUUCAAAAUUUUGUAUGUAGCUGGUUCGACAUAGUCUUUUGUACUUUUCCAGCCGAAGUGAAAUUGUUGGAGAAUGUAAGCCGCCUCUGCGCGGUCACAGACUUCCUAAGACACCCCGCUCGCUGGCCUCUGUGCUGGGUAGCUGGGAAUUCCAUCUAGAAACAGGUCCCUGGAGCCUGCGGGCAUCCAGCUCUGCAAACCAGGGCUGAAGGACAGUUGACUUUUAUUUUUGUAUUUAAUUGACAUGAAUGUAAAGGGGACAGCUCAGGGUUGUUUUGGAGCCUGUUGACUUUUUAUCUCUGCCUGUGAUUUUCGUUUCUAAAUGAAAACUCCAUGUAGCAACCUGGACUAAGUCGAGAAGGAAAAAAACGCCAAAUGCUUUGGGUAUUAAGAGUUUAAUUGGUAAGCUCUGUUCCAUUAGGUGUUAGCGUUCCAGAACGUUUUUUUUUUUUUUCUUUUUUUUUCUUUUGUUUGCUAAACCUUGAAGAAACAUGUGCCUCAGCCUAGAUGUUUUGUCUUCUCUUUUCUGCACUUAAUACCUGAAAGUGUGACCGAUUGCUGCACCUUUCCAAGGGUGGACUAGCUCAUUGUAGAAUUGUGAUGUCACAGUGCAAACGGCGGUGACCGUAAAAUGGCCUGAUGUGUAAACGUUUUCAGGGAAUGCGAAGUGUUGAUUAAGAGACAAAACCUUUAUUCAUGUGCUUUGCUUCGUUCUGUACAUAGCUCUUUGGCUUGUGAACCUAAUUGUAAACUUUCAGGUAUUUUUGUACAAAUAAGGGACUGAUGUUCUGUUUCUUGUAAUUAGAAAUAAACAUGAAUACAGUGUUCUUCAUUUUCUACUGCUCGUAA